GUUCGUUCAAAUUUCAAAUUCUUGCCGUUAGAGCCUCCGGGAACAGAAAUCCUACAAUAGCGCACGCAGCAGGACAUGGACGAAGUAUCCAUACCUGGCGCUUUUCCCUCCGCUGCAGACGAGAACGUUCCCAGCAACAGGACACCAAAGAGACGGUUCGUGGGUAGACGGACUGCCGAAGCGCAGGCAAGACAGAGACGAGAUGAGACUGACAAUUCCGCUCUGGAAGAAACCACCGCGGUGGUCCACAAUGGUCAACGGAAGACCCCGAGAGCCUUGAACCAGGUACCUCCCGAAAUCCUCGAUGACCCCGAUAUCCGAGCGGCGAUUGCCCUGCUCCCUCACAAUUACAGCUUUGAGAUCCCCAAGACCAUCCACCGGAUAAGGACGCUCGAGGCCAAAAGAGUGGCUCUACAAUUCCCAGAGGGGUUGCUGAUGUUUGCCACGACCAUAUCAGACAUCCUGACGCAAUUCUGCCCGGGCACAGAGACUCUGAUCAUGGGAGACGUCACGUACGGCGCAUGCUGUAUCGACGACUACACUGCAAGAGCCCUGGGCUGCGACCUACUUGUCCACUACGCUCAUAGCUGUUUGAUCCCCAUCUCGGCGACCAAGAUUCCCACCCUCUAUAUCUUCGUCGACAUCUCCAUCGACACGAAACACCUGGUGAGCACCCUGUCUCGAAACAUUCCGCCGGGAAAGACGAUCGCCAUGGUGGGUACCAUCCAGUUCAAUGCCACACUCCACACAAUCAGGCCUGCCCUGGAGGCCGAGGGUCUGAAGUUGGUGGUCCCGCAGAUCAUGCCGUUGAGCAAGGGCGAGGUGCUGGGUUGCACUGCGCCCAAGAUCAGCCCGGACACCACUGUUGAUCUGAUCCUAUACCUGGGCGAUGGCCGCUUUCACCUGGAAGCAGCCAUGAUCGCAAAUCCACAUAUCCCAGCCUAUCGAUACGAUCCCUAUUCUCGAAAAUUGACCAGAGAAACGUAUUCGCACGAUGAGAUGCUGGACAUGCGCGCCGCUGCCAUCAGCACCGCGAGAAAAGCCAAGAGAUGGGGUCUUAUACUGGGAGCUUUGGGGAGACAGGGCAACCCUCACAUCCUGACCAUGAUCGAGAAAUACCUUGACAGAGAGGGGAUACCGCACGUCAACCUUCUGCUCAGCGAAAUUUUCCCUGGAAAGCUCGCACUGUUUGAAGAUGUGGAUUGCUGGGUGCAGAUAGCUUGUCCCAGGCUCAGCAUCGACUGGGGGUAUGCGUUCCCACGUCCGUUAUUGACACCCUACGAGGCUCUUGUGGUGCUGGGGGCGAAGCAAGGCUGGGAACAGGGGGAUGGGACUUAUCCCAUGGACUUCUAUGCCAACAAUGGUCUGGCGCGGACGACUGAGAAGCUUGCAGCGCAAGUUGGAGUGACGGCGUGAAGCCACUUCGCAGGCAGGUCGACAAGGAGGGAAACGUUAGACGCAAAGUCAUGAGCAGUCCUGUAUAAACAAUGUACAAACCCUAUUAAUGGCACUUCUCCAUACUCCUGC